AUGACUACAGCUCACAGACCAACCUUCGAUCCAGCCCGUGGUAAAGAAGCUCCCAAGGGUCCUGCCUACCACCAACGUCUCCUCCCAGCACAUACCAAACUCAAGGUCCGCCAACCCGGUCAAGGAGGUGAAGCCGACUCAGAAGUCCGUGAUCUCCGCGCUGAGCUGCUCAAGGCAGAGGCAGCCCAUUAUGCGAAAAUCAACGGCGGAAAGGGGGCACAAUUAGAAUCCACGUCUCCUUCUGGGGGCACAAAGAGAGCUAUUGAGAACGGUGGAAUUGGAGGCGAGAAUGCUGAGGAAGAGAAUGCUGAGGUCAAGAGACGGAGAGUACUGGAAGAGACCCGGGACAUAGACGCAGACUCGGACGGAGGGAGUGCCAGCGAGAGUAGUGAUGAAGAAAGUGACGACGAAGAAGACGAGACUGCCGAGCUAUUGCGAGAAUUGGAAAAGAUAAAGAAAGAAAGAGCUGAAGCUCGUGAGCGCGAGGAAGCUGAAAAAGCUGCUCAAGAGCAAGAAAAGAACGAAUACGACGUCGCUCGCGGAAAUCCUCUUCUUAAUAGAGGAUCUGGCGAUUUUCAGGUGAAACGUAGGUGGGAUGACGAUGUUAUCUUCAAAAACCAAGCACGCGGCACGAGCGACAAGAAUAAAAAGAAAGAAUUUGUCAAUGAUCUUCUGCGUUCGGACUUCCACAAGCGAUUCAUGAACAAGUAUGUGCGAUAG